CCGCGAUGCCCUUAAAAGUGACAUGUCUGUCUCCUAUGGGAGGGGAAAACAAAAGGGUUGUGUUUACGAACUUUUAAGAGAAACUUUGCUAUUCGAAGAAGAUAAUAUACAACUGAACUCUGGUCUUUGAAUUUCUUCUGAACUUACAGUUAUCUUGUGAGAUCAUGUCAGACGAGAGACCUAGUGGAGGAGACUGUGUGGAUGCCAGACAGGCGAUCAAUGAGGGACCGAUUCUUACACAUGAUGGAGUCGAUCAAGUAGAUGCAAAAGAUGAUUUACAUGAUUUUAAAUACAAUAUGAAGUAUCCCAGCAUUGGACAGUGUGUCAUCAUCAACAACAAGAAUUUCCAAAAACAAACAGGAAUGGGAAUUCGUGAAGGAACAGACGUGGAUGUAAAGAAAUUGAUGGAGGUCUUCAUGAACCUGGGAUUUAAAAUCAGAAUUAGCAAUGACCAAACUGUCUCACAGAUGAAGGAUUUGUUGACUAAUGUAUCUAAGAGUGAUCACAGUCGUUCGGCCAUGUUUGUCUGUGUGUUGUUGAGUCAUGGAGAUGAUGGAGUGAUCUACGGCACAGAUGGCUCUAUAGAUCUUAAGGAUCUCGUUCAGGUCUUCAGAGGAGAUCGCUGCUCCACGCUGGUCGGAAAACCCAAACUUUUCUUCAUCCAGGCUUGCAGAGGGACGGGUCUGGAUCCUGGCGUUGAGACUGACUCAGGGGGACAAAGCAGAAUUCCUGUUGAGGCAGAUUUCCUGUAUGGAUACUCCACCGUAGCAGAUUAUUAUUCCUGGAGGAGCCCUAGUAAAGGUUCAUGGUUCAUCUCAUCGCUCUGUGAGAUGUUAUCAAAAUAUGGCAGGCAACUGGAGAUCAUACAGAUCCUGACACGUGUCAACCACGAUGUGGCUCUGGACUUUCAAUCCUCCUCCAAUCAGCAUGAAUUUAAUGGCAAGAAACAGAUGCCCUGCAUUGUGUCUAUGCUCACCAAAGAGCUCUAUUUCCCUUAAUAAUGCAACAUAUUAUGAACACUUUUGAAUUAUUUUAAAAUGCUUAAUGACAGAAUAGAUCUUGAGAAUUCAGAAUAAAUUUGUAAAAUGUUUAAGUUGCUGAAUUUGACAGAUACAGCAUCAGGCUGCUUUAAGACAGCAGUUCUCAGAAAUUUUAUUAUGACAAACAUUUACUUUGGUAGUUUGUGUGUUUUUAUUAUUUUUCUAUGAUUAUUUUGUAAUGGCAUAGCCUACACAGUGUGUGCAAAAAGCUUUAAUAAAAGACCAAACUGGAA